AUGUCUUCGACUACUGCUGAACAAGGCGUUGCUGUCAACACUACCAGCGUUGCCCCUUUCUGUGUUCAACCCGUCACCACCACGAACACCAGCAUCAUCCAUCCAGCAGCUUCAGAAGAAGCCGUUACAACCACCGCUAACAACGACAGUAGCAUUACCACAAAUCCUAGUUCCUCUGAUGUUAAUCUUGCGUCAAAUUCAACCGUUCCAGUACCACCCUCUGUUCAACUCUUGAAGAUUCACGAGGAACAAGCCACGGCAGCGCAAAAAACUGAUGUCAGCGUAAUCGCUGAAACUUUAUCAACUGCGGUCAACACUGUUCGCGGAUCGAAUUCUACUACUGUAUAUGAUGAGACUGAUACGAAGAAUUGGCCUUCUUUAUCGGCAACCUCGGCUCCAAUUAAAUCAUCGUCGGUGUGGGGCAGUCGCUCGGGUGCAGAAUUAGUUCGUCAAGCUGCUCAACCAGCGACUCCGGUCGGUGUUGUCGGGGAUCGAAACAUCACUAAUAGCGCUUCUACUCCAUUUACUGGUGUUCAACCAAUGCAGCAGCCUCUUUUGAAGUCUGCCGGAAUCAUUACAAAGGUUGUUGAGUUAUCUGCCGCACAACAAUCGCAAAAACGUGAAUUCGGCUUUAAAACAGCCACUUCUGAUAUUGUAAAACGCAUAAAGGAAAAAACUAAUACUCAGAUCCAAGUGUCCACUGCAAAUGUAUCGGGCACUACAACUUUUUUGAUCAAAGGAAAAGAAGAUGACGUUAUGAGAGCUAAACGAGAGAUACUGUCGAAUUUUGCCUUAAAGAUGGAAACUCAAAUUCAAAUCCCGGUCUCUGUUCGUCGUUUUAUUCUCGGUGCAGGUGGUGAAACCUUAAAAUCAAUUAGCCUCCGCACAGGCACACGUAUUCAACUUCCACCUCGUCAAGAGGAACAUCACGAAGAAAAAACCUCAGAAUUAGAUUACGACGACGACGAAGAACAGAUGACAAUCACCAUUGAAGGUGAUGAAGAAGGUAUCGACCUUGCUAAAGCUAAUAUCGAAGCAAUUGUCAAUGAAAAGACAUCUAAGAAAACGGUAAAAAUCACGGAUAUUGAACAUCAUUUUUAUCCUUUGAUUGCUGGAGCUCAUGGUCAGCGUCUUCAACAACUUCAACAAGAAUCAGGAGCAAAAAUUCGUAUUCCACCAUACAUCGUUUCUUUUGAGAAUGACGGACAUGAAGGCAAUAAUAACACGAGAGAUAAUUGCAUUGUCGUUUCUGGUGAACGAGAUGCUGUUCGAAAGGCGAUAGAAAUGCUUAAAGAUCGUCACGAAGAAUUGAAAAGCACGACUACGACAACUAAGACCAACGUGCCAAAGCGCCAACACAAAUAUUUAAUUGGGCCGAAGGGCGCAAAUCUUCAGGAGAUCCUCGAGUCAACUGAAUGCUCUAUAGAACUUAGCCCACCUUCCGAUCCAUCUGAGGAAGUUAUAAUCCGUGGACCGAGUCGAAAUCAUUGGAAGGCAAUGCAUGCGGUAUCUGAAAAAGCAAAUUCAAUACACGUGGAGACUUUGGAUAUUGCAAACAUUCAUAAAACCGAAAAUCCAAACGAGCACGCGAGAAAUGUUUUGAAAUAUUUAUGGAACCGAAGUAAAUUAAGAAAAAUCGAGGCAGAAACUGGUAUUCAGAUUAUGGCGCCCAGAGGAUCCUCAUUAGAUAAAGGAGUUUUGCUGGAAUUUGUUGGGAAAGUUGUUAGUGAUGUUGAGAAAGCUAGAAAGGAAGUAAUGGAACUCGUGAAGAAUUUGUCACCAUCUAGUUUCACUAUUGUUUCCAUUGAGCCUCAUCUUCAUCGUCAUAUAAUUGGCCGUAAAGGGCAAAACCUUCAACGUGUCAAGGAAACGUACGGCGUUGAAAUUAUUGUUCCAGAUGAGAAGGAUGAAAGUCCAGAUAUUUUGAUCGUCUUUGAGGGUAAAGAAGAUGAUGAAAUUCCCACUGAGAAGAAAAAAAAGGAAGCUUAUGUUAAAGAAGUGUUAGAGAAAGCAAAGCAAGAACUGAUAAAGGCCGGUCAGGAUGCUUCGGAUUUCGCCACACAAACUCUCACGAUUCCUGUUCGUUUUCAUCGAUACAUUAUCGGUCCACGAGGAGUCACGCUUAACGCUAUAACUGGUGGAUCCGAUGCUCCGGUAUCCGUUAAAUUUGGUUCAUCUCGAACUGGCGCUGCCGAGCGUUCUGCUAAUGCAGAAGGUAAAAAAGCAACGACAAUACCCAUUUCUGAUGAUAUCGUUGUCAUUAAAGGCCCGACAGAGGAAGUGAAUCGAGUUGUCAAAGAGAUCACCAAGGUUGUUGAAGAUGCAAAACAUGUCGAGAUUAUGAAUUCAUACACAAUCGACUUCACGUUUCCUGCUCAAUAUUCUGCUCAUGUCAUCGGAAAAGGUGGUUCACACGUUACCCGUUUAAAAGAAAAUCUAAAUGUCAAAAUUGAUAUUGAAGGUGGCGCAAAAGGUGAAGAGAAAAAGACACAUCCUGGUGAAAAUGUAAAGGUCACCAUUCAAGGGAGAAAAGAUAAUGUUGAAGAAGCCAAAGCAAAGAUUUUGGAUCUUGUCGACAAACUUCAAGAUGCAACAAUACUCCGACUUCAAGUUCCUGUUGAAUAUCAUAAAUCGUUGAUUGGCGUUGGUGGUCGAUAUGUUAAACGAUUGGAAGAAAAAUAUGGCGUGCACAUUCGUUUCCCGAAGAACAAAGAAUCAACAGAAGAUGUUGAAGAUGACGUUGAAGCACAGAAAUUCGACGAAGUUAUAAUAAAGGGUGGUCGAAGAGGAGCUGCAGACGCUAAGGCGGAAAUGAUGGAACUGUUAGAUUAUGAACGUGAACAUGAUAAUUCACUUAAUUUUACAAUUCCGGCUAUUUAUCUUCCACAUGUUGUUGGACGAGGUGGUGCUAAAAUUACUGAGAUCAAAAAUGACACUUUCACUCGUAUCGAUCUUGGACAUGCUGAACCAUCACCUGAUAAUCCAGAUGAACAAAUUGUAAAUGUAGUUAUACAUGGUACUAAAGAUGAUAUCAUCAAAGCAAAAGAGGCGAUACUUCAAAUCGUGCGUGAACUUGAAAGUCAAACCACGAUAACUAUAAACAUUGAUCCACAACAUCAUAAAUACUUAAUUGGCCCAGGUGGUAGUCGCAUCCGUGAGAUUGUUGCUAAAGCGGGUGGACCAGAUGAAAAAUCUUCGCAAGCUGGAAUCGUUAAAUUCCCACGCCAUGGUUCUAAUAGUGAUGAGGUUAUAUUGAAAGGGGACAAAAAUGUCGUGGAAAAAGUGAAAAUAGAGCUUGAAAAAUUAGUAGAAGAACAGAAUAAUCUCGUGGUAGACUUAAUAGAGAUACCUCGGAUACAACACUCUCAAAUAAUUGGACGAAAUGGUGCUUCACUAAAAGAUCUUCAGCAUCGAUUCGACGUUGAAAUUCAAUUCCCAGGAUCAAGAGGUUACAAUGAUACGCAUUUAUCGGGUGACGUGAAGAUGGAAAUAGAAGAGUGCGAUGCGGUGAAAAUUAUUGGUAAAAAAGAAAAUAUUAUGGCUGCAAAAACGGAAAUUUUGUCAAAAAUUCGACAUUUUCAUACUGUUAAUGUGCCAAGAAAGUAUCAUUGCGCGAUUGCAGCGAAUGGUAUUACGGUACGUAAACUUCGUAAUGAUUAUGGUGUGUUAGUGGAUCAUGGGAAUGAAAUCCCCCCGGAAGCCAAACCUCAAAUGAAAAAACCUAAUGGAAAUGGUAUUGCGAAACGGAUUGACGAGGAGGAUGAAAAUUUUGACGAAGACUUUGUAGGAGAAAUGGAUUGGGAAUUGGUAGAAAAUGAUGAUAAUGAGGAAGAGGGUGAAAUUCCUUGGAACUUAAAAGGCGAGAAAAAACAAGUAGAACGUGCCGAGAAAUAUAUUAAUGAUUUACUUGAUGAAGCACGGAAUUUCACGCAUACAGCUUUCUUUACUGUCCCGCAACAUCUUCAUCGUCACAUAAUUGGUCGUGGGGGUGCAACGAUUCAACGUAUUCGAAACGAAAGCGGAUGCAGAAUUGAUGUGCCCAAAUCUAACGAUGAUGAAACUGUGAUUGUUACAGGUUCAUUGACUGGAGUCGAGGAAGCACGAACUUUGAUGUUAGAGACAAACACUGCAAAGUCAAUUUUAGCCAAUAAAAAUAGUACGCGUCCAUAUGAUUUAAUUAUGUCAGAGCAAAAAUUUUUGACGCGUCCACCAACGGAUCAAGAAUUAUUUAACUUUAAAUUUAUCAGAAUUUUAAGUGAAGACCCACGAACAAAAACCAUUAAUGUUCUCGGCUCUCUUCCAGUAAACAUAAAUGAAGCUACUUUAUCUGAUGAUGAUUCGACAGAUUAUGCUAUCUUACUGUUAGAAAAAACCCAUUUUCACAAUGAAGAGGUUGCAAAUCUUUCACGUGAACGUGUUGAAAAAUGGAUCUUGCAUGAAUCAAAUGAUAUUUAUCAUCGAUAUUUCGGGACCACGAAAACUCGUGAGAAUUUACCAGAUUUCCAAGUGACAAUUAUUUGGCCAGCUACUGAAACGCAUGUUCAAAAAUAUAGUCUUCAACCUCGACACUUAAUCAACGAAACACCAUCAAUAUAUCAACAAGUUGUGAAACCAUUUAUUGAAUCAAUUCCGGCUAGUAGAAUAGAAUGGGUCUACAAUAUUCUUUCAAAGAAAAAAGAAGCAGAGAAAAUUUUAUUAGAGGAGGAAAAUGACGAAAACGGAUUUAUUCUUUUACCGGAUAUCUUAUAUUUAAUUGCAAUUGUCCAUCGACGCGAUAUUUGUUCGAUCCGUGAUUUAAAUCAAAUACAUUUACCGCUAUUGAGAGGUUUAAAAAGGAAAAUUCUCGAGUUUGUGCCAAAUAGAUUUCCCGGCGUGAGCGCAGAUGAAUUGAGACUUUUUGUUCAUUAUCAGCCAUCAUAUUAUCAUUUUCAUUUACAUGUUACUCACAUUUGUCAAGAUAGUAUCCCAGGCGGAAUUGCGGCGGAAAAAGCUCAUUUAUUGGAUACUAUAAUUGAUAAUAUUGCAAAUAUAGCUAAUGAUUAUUAUCAGAGAGCGACUCUAACGUAUAUAAUCGGAGAAAAUGAGACUUUAUUUGAACCCUUGACUGAGGUUAAUGCUAGAGUUAAGGCCGCUGAUAGCUUG